CGUGUGCAGACCAUUUCUGAAUAAGUUCUUCCCUUGCAAAUUUAUAAGAGACGAGAAAAUGUUCAAACUGGUGGCACUGCUUUUGUUCGUUAACGCCGUUGUAGGCAAAGUGACCGAAAAGCCUGAUGUCUUGGAUGCCAUAGAAGAUACCGAAAUUCACUUGGUUCCAACACUGCAGGCCACUUCGAUAAUCCAGGAACCCACUUUGGCCAAGGUGGGCGAUUUGAUUCACAGUGUGCCCACCGCCGUUUCCCAUCAGAGUUCGACCAUAGUUCACGACCGCGCCAAUGUGGCCACACCGAUAGUAGCACCAGCAAUUAAGACACACAUCACUCCGGUUAUCAACUCAUACGUUUCGCCACUGGCACGUUCUUAUCCCAGCUUCUAUCCGUAUAGUUACUAUUAUGACUUCUAUCCUUAUGCUUACAAGAGUAUCUACUAAGCUUGG